AUGGCUGAAGAUAGUAAUACAGCUCCAGUUAACACUAUCUCAUUUAAUAACCAACCACAUGAUGAUAAAGAAGAGCCAAAAGACAUACCACCGCUAACGAAGGAAGAUUUUACUCCGUUUCAAACGUAUAAAAAUUUGUUCUUUAGUUCCAUAUUUUUCAUCAGCACCGUUAUGCAGAUAUUUGGCAUGAAAUAUUCUGUAAUUAUUGGAGUGAUUGGAUUCACUGUUUAUGUCGCUGCCAAUAUUUAUCCAACUCCGCCGCUGAUGUAUCUCAGCGCCGCACUUGCUGGCAUUGUCGCAGCUCCACUAUGGAUUGCCCAAGCAGCUUAUGUUAGGGAAAUUGCACAAUACCACGCACGGCAUCGUAAACAACCAGAAGAAAUAUCUCUUAAUCUAUUUCUUGCUAUGGUUAGCGCUUUAUAUGCAGCGAAGGAUCCAUCAGCAUUAGCAAAAAAUCGUGUGUGGAAGAGUGUGGGCUUUGCGGUGACAUAUGGAUAUACAAAUUAUGUGAACAUGCGUUUAUCACUAAUAUUACUACUAGUUUACUUAACAAUUAGUCUAAUAUGCUACAUUAUCGUUGAACUUCGGAUUCGAUUAAAGAAGUCUACAGUGCCACACAAUCCUCUAGAACUCGCAUAA